AUGCACUCCGCAAAGGCCUCUUUCUACCUUGCUUUUGUAAGCAAACGGUGGUGUAAGGGAGUUUUGCGUAGAGGGUGGGCUGGACAGGUGUUGCUGGUGAAGUCGUUUGCCAUUGCCCACAAGUCUUCUUUGAAACGCGCCCUACAUGGUGUGACGCGUUGCCUGGGGGAUACGUACAGUUUGUUGGACCGUGUAACUGCAUUGGUUUCUUCCAUUGAAGAUAUGCUCGAAGGCGAGCGCCCUCUUUCGCCUGAGAGUGGCGCGAGCGCACCGAUGAAUCUUCAUAUCACAAUGAUCGUUGCCUUCUUUCAAACGUACACGCCACCGUGGUUUCAACCGUGA